GAGGUGUGUCUGUUAGGGAAACAACCUUUCACCUUAAAGACAUCUGAAUACGUGUUACUAUAUUCUUUAUUACAGACUUUAUUUUCUGUAAUGUGCAAUAGCGUGACAUCAUGCUGUCGAUUUCCGUCGGAACAUAAAGAUUGAAUAAGUGCUUACGACAUCGCGCUUGAAUGCAGGAUUGGAGAGAGAAAUGCGUCCAAAACUCUGUGUGCCGUUUAGCUUCGCUAUUAUUUUUGGCAUUUUAAACAACACCAUCAGAUGCCAAAAAGUUGAACCUCCUGAAUGCAGUCGGGGUGGUUACACCGUUCUCCAGAGCCCGUACAGAAGCACCACAUUCAGCUCACAACAUCUGCUCCAGUCGUCUCUGCAGGAGCUCAUUUGUGACCAUUCACUUGCUGCUGGAUGGUACCAGUUUCAGAUCUUUGAUAAGCCAGCCCGUAUGCCCACCACAUGUGUGGAGGUGAAUCGUUGUGGAACACAAGCCCCCAUAUGGCUCAGUUUGAGUGAGGGAGAGAGUCUUCCAGGCCCCCUAGAGGUGAAAAGUUUGAGGGCCUGUGCGACCUGGCAGUUCCUCGGAAGUGCCAGUAAAGAUUGUUGUCUUUUCCGACUGCCCGUCACUGUACGCAAUUGUGGGGACUUUUAUGUGUACUUGCUUCAACCAACGCAAGGAUGCAUGGGCUAUUGUGCAGAAGAGAUGUCCGACUCCAAUCAAACAGGAUGUGAAUCAAGACAAAGAAAUAGUGACGGGUCCUGCAGCGAUCCACAGCCCCUGUCCUCUUCAGUACCACAGAUUACUGCUGAUAUGUUGGGGAUCGCCGUGUACCUGAGAUGUGCGUUCGAUGACAGCAGUGGGAACAGCUCUCUGGGUUUUAUAGUGACAUGGCGGCGACUGUCGCCUGAAGGCAACAGAGAGGAACUCAGGAAAGACAACACAAUCGAGACUUUUGCUUUAAUCGAGCUGGACGGGAUUAACCUGCGUCUUGGAGACAGGAUCUCUUGCAGCGUGGCUAGUUUUUUUCUGGACUCUCCAGAUGUACAAAGUCUUCCCGUGGAGAGCGAAGAGUUUUAUGCGGGGAUUCAACUGAAACCACAAGCGUCCUCUAUUUCAGAAAAUGGAAAGGAGUAUGAACUAGAAGCGAGGAGCACUGUGCCUGUGCCAUGUUCUUCAGAGAGAUGUGUUGUGUCUUUACAUCUUACCACCAGCAGUCAAGGUGAGGAAGACCUGGGUACUGAUCUAGUCCUGUCAUCCUGCGAGGUAGAGCUUCCUCAAAGCAACUGUCGUAAUGGAGUAUGUAGCAAGGCUUCCGUACACUACAGUGCAGUUAGAGAUAUAUGGCGGGAUGGGGACAGAAGUACAGAAAUACAUGUCAAACCUUUAAUCAGCAGCAACUUCCUCUGGAACGGAUACAGACCUCAAAGUGUGCAGAUUCUUGUAAAAGACGCUCCCCCUGCGUACUGUUACGUUUUUACCGACCCUCACAUCAUCACAUUUGACGACAGGAGGUACGACAAUUACCAGAUCGGCACCUUUGUGCUGUACAGGAGCACGGCUCGGCCGUUCGAGGUGCACGUUCGACAGUGGGAAUGUGCUAGUAUGACGGCAUUUCAUACGUCAUGUGUCUGUGGCUUCACGGCCAGGGACGGGGGUGAUGUCAUUGCCUUUGACAUGUGUAACGGCUUGCCGGGAGAGACGAAACCACGUCUCUUAGUAAAGAGAGGAGACUUGGUUAAAAGUGGCAUUCGCAUCACAGAAUCCUACCAGGGCCGUAAAAUCACGAUUACAUUCUCAUCCGGGGCAUUUGUUCGAGUGGAUGUGGCUGACUGGGGAAUGAGUCUGACUGUGAGAGCCCCGGGCUCUGAUCGUGGCCACACAGAAGGUCUCUGUGGAAAUUAUGAUGGACAACCAGACAAUGACUUCCACAAAGAGGGAGGAGAGACUGAGAAGGACAGCGCUUCCUUUAUCAAUGCAUGGAGGUUAGCACCCAGCACAAGCUUGUUUGAUAAGAUCCCCACCUACGAAAGCAACUCCGGUCUCCGCCAGUCAUGCCACUGCCAACAAGAAAAACCCAAGCCACCUACUGGAACAUUUCCCAAGUGUUCUGCUUUUACUCAUGUCCGAUCUCCCUCCAUCAUCCCUACACUCGAUGUGACUUCAGAAUACAAGUCUGCGCAAUCUCCUCGAGUGGUGUCCAUCCUUCCCGGCAGAUCUGCCCAACACCGGCCAUCUCAGGGUAGCAGAUCAAGGACCCAAACUCAGAGGCGUGUUACGAACCCCCAAAGAUCUCAAACUCAAAGACGUGUUAAGAGUCGAGAAAAGCGUCAGGGUGGCUAUCACAAUGUAAGAAAGUCUGACCUGGAGUCUUCAUAUAAUUUCCCAGAAGACCAUUCUUCUAAUUCACAAGAAGCACCGGCUCCAUCUUGGCCCACCGAGUCGGGUCUGUUGGAAUUGGAUGCUCGGCGGCUUUGCGAGGAAACGUUACGUAACUCCGCUAUAGGAAAGGGUUGUAAACGUCUGCUAGGACAGGUGUUAGAGCAGGCGCUUGAAAUGUGUGUCAUGGAUCAACAGUUAAAAGACGAUCAGGCCUGGUUGGGUGCCACCGUGCCCCUCCUGGAGAAUGAGUGUGAGAGGAGGGUGGUGGAGGAAAUCAGCAGGAGGAAGGAGCUCAAGGACGUUCAGACUCUUCUCAGGUGCCCGAGCAUGUGCGGUGGAAACGGACAGUGCACAGAAUGGGGCUGCUCGUGUUUCCCUGGGUUUGGCUCGUACGAUUGCAGCCGGGUGUCCGAUGAGACCCCAGAGAUCACAGAGUUGGAGAACGGAGGGCUGUGUGAUGUUCGCUACGGUGUCUGCUCCUCUGUUAGAGUUCUUGGUCUUGGCUUCAAAAAGUCGUACAAGCUUAAGUGUGAAGUUGUGAAGGAAAAGAUAAUAGAUGGUGAAUGGUCUUUGGACGAUGCUCAUUUGGUUUCUGCAACGUUUCAAAGCACUUCUUCACUGGAGUGUCAACUUCCUGUAGACGAUUCACAAUCAUCUACUACGUCACACCCAUCAGUCUCACGCUGGCAAAUCAAAGUGUCUAAUGAUGGACACAGCUUCAGCAAUGCAAAGAUACUGACUCUGUUUGAUGGCACGUGUCAGAUUUGCACAGUCAGCUCUAUGGUUAUCUGCACCCUCAAGAACGGAACUUGUAAUAUUGAUGGAUUGUGUUAUGGAGAGGGAGAUCACAGCCCGAAUAGCCCGUGUCUAACCUGCAGACCCAAUCUUUCCAAAUACGGCUGGUCUGUUGCUGAGAAAAAUGAGCCACCAGGGUUAUACGCAGGCCAAGAGAACCUGAAGACAUUCAAUGGAGAGAAUUUUGUCUAUCAGUUCUCGGCCACUGAUCCCGAGGGUUCUGCGGUUCUUUUCACUCUUCAGUCGGGGCCCAGAGAUGCUGUUCUCUCUCCAGCCGGUCUGCUCAUGUGGAAAGCCGUGUCUUCCGCACCAGUGCCCUUCGAACUGUCUGUAACUGAUGACUGUAAUGCAGAGACACGGGUGACGGUACCGAUCUCAGUUCAGACUUGUGACUGUGAGCAUGGAGGGUCCUGUGUGACCAACAUUAACUCCCCGCCGGGCUCUGGUGAAUACCUGUGUGUUUGCACUGCUGGAUUUUCGGGGCGGAGGUGUGAAAUGGAUCUGAAUGAGUGUUGGUCAAACCCAUGUCAUGCCGGCACAUGUGUGGAUAAAAUAAACUCCUUCGCGUGCAUCUGUCCAAUGGGCCUCGAAGGUGUGAUCUGUGAUGUGGAUGUUGACGAGUGUUUAUCAGCUCCAUGUUAUCCAGGUGUGGCCUGCAGUAACACUGUGGGCUCAUUUGUGUGUGGACCCUGUCCUGACCACCUCACCGGGGAUGGGAGAACCUGCCGUGCGAUUUUCCCCGCUAUAGGUAAAAUCGACGAAGAUAACCGUGGAAUUGAUUUACAACGUGAGAUUAACCAUGGUUCCUUUAAACCAAAGCCUGCUGCAGGCCAGAACCCAUGCUCCAGUCGUCCUUGUUACCCUGGAGUCCAGUGUUUUGAGAGCACAUACACAUCUGAUGGUUACAUCUGUGGUCCGUGUCCCUCUGGGCUCAAUGGCAAUGGACAAACAUGCACAUCACGGACAGCAAACAGGCAGACAUCAGUUGAGAAGGUAAGCGACAAACUUUCCGAUGUCACUGCGUCUUUGGCCACACCUUCCCUUACCAGAAAAUCAAGUGAACUGCCUAUUGGAGCAGAAACAUCUUCCCCCAGCAUAACAUGGACCCAAGCGAUUGACCGAAAGACCUCGCAAACCCUAGACAGGAAAAACCUGAAUGCAAAAUCAACUUUAAACAGAGUAAAGCUGAAUGAUGGAGAGUUUGAAUCUGCACUCAUUGGGGAUAACGGAACCUGUGCCGAGUACCCAUGUUUCUCCGAAGUGCCUUGCGAACCCACACCGUCCGGCUCCUUCAGGUGUGGCAGCUGCCCACAUGGAUACGAAGGAAAUGGAAUCAACUGCAAAGCUGUGUGCCGUCACCCGUGCGGGCGAAAUAUGGAGUGCUCGCUGCCACCUAACACCUGCACCUGUAAAGAGGGUUACACAGGAUACAACUGCCACAUCGCUGUGUGUCGACCAGACUGCAAGAAUAGAGGAAAGUGCGUGCGGCCCAACGUGUGUGAAUGUCCCCUGGGUUACAACGGAGCCACCUGCGAGGAAGCCAGCUGCGAUCCCCCUUGUCAACAUGGGGGGCGCUGUUCAUCCAGAAAUCUCUGCACUUGUCCUUAUGGCUAUGUGGGACCAAGAUGUGAAACCAUGGUGUGUAACAGACAUUGUGAAAAUGGUGGCGAGUGUGUUUCUCCUGACGUCUGUAAGUGUAAGCCGGGCUGGUAUGGACCAACGUGUUACUCAGCUGACUGUAAACCUGUGUGCUUAAAUGGAGGAGCGUGUAUCAAACCAAACGUCUGCGCUUGUCCUAGUGGCUUCUAUGGUUCACAAUGCCAGAUUGCACUGUGUAAUCCGCCAUGUAAAAACAGAGGACAGUGCAUGAGAAACAACGUGUGCUCGUGUCCUGAAGGAUACAUCGGAAAGAGAUGUCAGAAAAGUGUGUGUGAUCCCAUGUGCAUGAACAAUGGGAAGUGUGUCAGUCCCAACACCUGUUCCUGUCCGUCUGGAUGGAGAGGAAAUAUUUGCAAUAUACCCCUAUGUUUACAGAAGUGUAUUAAUGGUGGAGAGUGUGUUGGGCCGAACACAUGCCACUGUCUGGCUGGAUGGGAGGGUCUGCAGUGCCAAACUCCAAUCUGUAGUCAAACAUGCCUCUAUGGGGGGAAAUGCACAUUCCCAAAUUUCUGCCACUGUCGCCAAGGUUACACUGGACAUUCAUGUGCUACUAAAAUCAGAUGAUGUAGACGCUGACAGAGCUCAUACAUUAUGCAUCAGUGCCUUAAAACUCCAGAACGCUGAAAAUGAAAAAAGAAUAUGCACCAUGUCUAUGAAAAUUACAAAGUAUUUUGCGUGUCUGAAUGUGUGUGCGAGUUUGUGUGGAUGUCUGCAAACAUUUUGAUGUACUUCAUUUUUACAUGGUUCAAUUUUUCUUUUCUUUUUUGUUAUGCAGAGCACAGAUUUUAAAGGGUUUGUAAAAAUAUUUGA